AUGUCAGCCUCAGCCUCGGCCUCAUCCCUCCCAUCCUCUUCCUCCCCCACCAUCAUCCUCACCAAUCCCACGCCUCAAGAACGCACCCGAACCUGGCUCUACAACCAGACCGAAUGGGGCAACAGCCUCACCGUCCCGGACUAUCUCGAGCGCGAGGAAUACCUCCUCUCCAUCCCCCUCGCCCGCAACGGCGGCAUCACCAACUGGAUCCUCACAGACGACGCCGCCGCCCCGGUCAACGGCGAGCGCCCCGUCUUUGCCGCCUGUGAAACCCUGCGCAAGCGUGCCCUCGUGAGAAACCGCGAUGGCAGCGUCCACGAUGUGUGGGCGUACGGCAUUGCCAGCGUCUUCACUCACAAGGAGUUUCGUGGCCGAGGGUAUGCCGGCAAGAUGAUUGAGCUGCUGCGCGGAUACAUGGCUGCUCAGCAGCGAGAGAUUGGCGAGCCGGCGUUUUCAGUGCUUUUCUCUGACAUUGGGAGACUGUUCUAUGCGAAGCACGGAUGGCUGCCCCUGGAAAACACCCAGAUUGAGUUCCGCGUCAGACCAACUGCUGCUGAACUUGAUACGUCGUCUGUUACGCUUAUUCACGAGGAGAACCUGGCUGAACUGGCUGAACGAGACGAAGGUCUCAUCCGUAAGGAAAUAGCCAAGCCCAACGCUGCUGAUGCGUCCAAAUUCCGGGUUGCCGUCAUCCCCGACAUCGAUGCUCUUCAAUGGCACUUUUACCGCGAGGCAUUCAUCUGCAACGCCGCAUUCGGCCGCAAGCCCACCGUCCACGGCGCCCUCUACACCUCUCCCUCAACCGGCUCCCGAGUAUGGGGUCUCUUCGAGCGGAAUCACUACGGCGGCCCAGACCACCCAGAGAAGAACCUCCUCAGCUUCCUCAGAUUCGUCAUUGAAGACGAAAGCAUCUCCGACGAAGAGUUAUCCACAGCCGUCGUGGGAAUCUUCCGCGCUGCAGAGAAGGAAGCCAAGGACUGGGCCUGCUCAAAGGUCGAGAUCUGGAAUCCUCUCGAGAGAGUAAGGAAGGCUGCUGAGGCUGCCACCGAAUUCCAAACUACGUUUGUCGUGAGACAAGACAAGAACCUUGCGAGUUUGAACUGGUUCGGCGAGGGCGCCACCGAAGACAUAGACUGGGUUGUCAACGAGAGAUUCGAGUGGUGCUAG